AUGGCCGCCAUUAUCGCUGCCCUCGGUCCAGGUGCUCCCCGGCCCCUGGACAAAUUGCUUCCGAAAGGCGAUGCGGGGAAGACUGAGGAGCUAGAAGAGGAUGACAACGACGAGCCAGAUGAGACCCUGUUAGAGAGACUCUGGGGUCUGACGGAGUUGUUUCCAGAGAGGAUCCGGUCCGCCAAACCCGUUAGGGCCGGAGCCACUUUUGAUCUCCCACUCUUUGUGGCUCAAAAAAUGUACAGGUUUUCCAGGGCAGCCUUGUGGAUUGGGACAACUUCCUUCAUAAUCCUGGCUCUUCCUGUUGUCUUUGAGACUGAGAAGUUGCAAAUGGAGCAACAGCAGCAACUGCAGCAGCCGCAGAUACUCGGGGCUGGAGGGCCUAAUAUAGGGCUGUCAGGAGUAAUGCCAGUGGCUCUACCUUCACUUCCUGGAAAGAUCUAG